CCUCGCCAUCCUCGCCCGUUACGGCACCAGCGCGAUCAAUAUGAACGUUUAAAGCGCGCGUCGAGGAGUUUCAGCAUCUCUCCUCGGAACAAAUUUAAACGUGGAUAUGAGCCAGCCGGUGGAAUCGGCGGCCCGAAAUGGGACUAGCCACAGGAGAACUGCACCAGCCGACAUGAAGCAGCACCGGAGCGAGCACAAGAGCGACGGGACGCAGCAGGCUCGCGUGCGGCAGCGUAAGGAGGCCCCGGCACUGAAGAGUGGAGCGGCGUCGAUCUUUGCCGAGCCCAAGCUUCCCAGCAUCUCGAACGUCACCGUGAGGACCAAGAGGGAGCUCCCGGAGAAGCUCGAGGACCUCUCGUACGAGCGGCUCUGCGAUAGCAGCAAGGGUGACAGGCAGAAGAAAGUCGUGUCGAGCUCGGCGCCACGACCUGUUUCAACGUCUUCCCUGACAACUUUUGCCUCAUCUCUAGGAACGAACCACCAGUCCAAAUCAGUUGCUGUGGAACCGGUCGCCUUUGGUCUGUUUGUUGACGACUCGAAAGUGUCCUGGGAUUUCGCUCCUUAUCCUCGGUCAUCGAGGACGCUAUUUACAUCCGGUCGCAACCGCUGCAGAGCGCUCAUGCUGAGCGCACAUUCACGAUCGACGAAUCGGCAGACCCUUCCUUGAAAGAAAUGGUGAAGAAGAUUCUGCCUCUCUGUAGCUACCACUCAACAGUGGUCCGAUUCAUUGAAGAGAAGCAAGAACGUGGCCAAGGGAUGGUGAACCAGGCUCUGGCAGCAUCCAUGCGCGACCUGCUGGAGGACUACACCAUCCUGGUCACACAGCUGGAGCACAAGCUAGUCAACCAGGGGUCGUUGACCCUGCCCAAGUGCUGGUUCUACGUCCAACCUUCCUUGGCAUACAUGGCAGUACUGGCCACGUGCGCACAGGCCAUCUGGGAGGGGAAGUGUUAUGGAGGCAAGACACUGGGCGCCUUGCACAAGCGAGCCACAUCACUAACUGGUGACACCAGGGCCAAGGACAUCUGCCUCUUUCUUGCAAAAGCGGCAUCUGUACCAUAUUUCAACAUGCUGGAGAGCUGGGUGUACAGGGGGCGCAUCAACGACCCAUUCAAGGAGUUUCUGGUGGGAGACAAGGUCCAGGUGAAGAAGGAAGACAUGUCCAUCGACAAUACCGACAACUACUGGAACAGCCGGUAUGCUCUGCGGCCCGAGAUGACACCCGGCUUCCUGAGGCCGCUGCAGGAUCGGAUCCUCACGACGGGCAAAUACCAGAACGUCAUCCUACAAUGUGGCCAAAGACCAGCGUCAUGCGCAGGCGAUGAUCAGCUCCGCUACUCGCUAGACGAGCGUGACUACACCGAGAAGAUUGAUAACGUGUACCACAAGGCGAGCCGCACGCUCCUCAACCUGCUAAUGGACAAGGUGGACCUCAUGGGACGCCUCAGGUCGGUGAAGCACUUCUUCCUGAUGGACCAGGGUGACUUUGUAGUCCAGUUCAUGGACAUGGCGGAGGAAGAGCUUGGCCAGAACAUCGACGACAUCGUGCCCACUCGCCUGGAGCUGCUUCUGCAGCUGGCGCUCUCCACCAGCUCGGUAGGCAACGACCGUUACAAGGAGUGCGUCAAGCACCAAAUCCUAGAAAGCAGUCUCGCCUCCCAAAUAGAGAAGCUGAUGGGCGAUGAACCUGACAAGAACACCCAGACACGUGUGGUGGUCGGGCACGAGGCGUUCACGCUGAACUAUGACGUCGAGUGGCCCCUCAACCUUGUCCUCACUAGCUCGAGCCUGGGCUGCUACCAGAUGGUCUUCAGGUACCUCUUCUACCUCACGCACGUCGAGCGUGUGCUCUCCAAGGUCUGGGUACGAGACAAAGCUGCCAAGCGGCCGGCAGCAUCGUACCCUAUCGUGGCGUUCGGGCUGCGCCAGCGGAUGAUGCACUUUGUGAAGAACCUGCAGUACUUCGUCACGGUCGAGGUCAUUGAACCCAGCUGGCAUAUAUUCCAGGAUCGUAUGCAGAAGGUCCAGACGAUAGAUGAAGUGCUUGAGUUACACACGGACCUGAUAGACUCGUUUGUCAACCUCUGUAUGCUGACCAACUACCCUGUCUUCAAGCUCAUUCACGACACACUGCAGCAGUGCCUUCGGUUCGCCUCCUUCAUGGUGAGUGACGAUAAGGGGGAGAACUUCGAGGAACAAGUGAACCGCUUCCAGCGCAAGUUUCACCUCCACCUGAGCACGCUACGCAAAAAGCUGCUAGAAGGAGGCGCCUCUUCGCAAGCCAGCCAUGAGAUAAAUCUUGCCGAGAUGCUGCACCGGAUCGAUUUCAACCGUUUCUACUCCAGUACUCCGCAGUAACCGAGAGGGGCCUACAGAAACCUCGGCAAGACCUCAAGCAACUUGCCUGGCCGGCCGCAGCGUGAACAAAGGCGCUUUACGUGCCUCGUAUGCAAACUUUUCGUACGAGAGCAUUUCAGCAUGCCACCAUUUCUUUGAUGCAAAGAUUGCUACUUAACUGCCGUCGGCUUGUCAUAAUCCCAACCAGCAUAUCGCCGCUGCCAUGGUACCGAUUAUCGGCCGUCGCUUUCUUUUAGUGACUUUAAAGCCGACUGCACAUGGUACGUCGUCGAAUGCAUCAAAACGAAUGAGCACUCCGUAAGCAGCAUCGGUUGAAGCACUCGUUGAGUCGACCACGAUCUCUUCUUCGUUGGAUACGAUAGUGAAAAAGAAUGGAGAGCACGUGAAUGCUGUGGAUUGUAUUACAGAACGAAACGGUAUGGCUUGUCGAGACGAACUAGUGAUCGUAACGCUAGGGUAUGCGUUGUAUAUUGUACGUCUCUAGUAACUCGUGUUUUCAUUUACCGAGGCACUAUGGUGGUGUUUGUUGUUCUCCGGUGCCAGUCACUGGUGGCAUAUGGCGACAAUAUGGAAGCUGUGGACUGUGUAUAAACUGGCAUCUAACGUGCCAUGGGAGUGAGGGUUCGCCAAAUAUCAGUGCACCCGAAUACGUCACUGCGGAAUUAAGUAUGCCUUUCGUGUUGCAUUUAUUGUCCUUUUCUUUCUUUCGUGUUAUGUUUGUAUCCUGCUGUGUGUACAACUUCAGAGCUGCUUUAGUCAGGAUAUCCUAUACUUAUUAGUGCGUUAAACCGAAGUGAUGCCAUCGUAGUUGCGUGCAUUAAAGUGCCAUUGAAUGAAGCAGCAUGAGGCUGUACAACACCAGUCUCCCCCUAAACUCGUUACGUGAGCUUACCGGGUGAUUGAAUCUCAACCUCGUUGCACCCGGUGUUUUCCUCUCGAUUGGCUCACGCCAGUACUAAUUCGUUUAAAUAAAAUUAGACUGCUUGAAAACAAGUUUUGUACGUAUGUCGUUUCCACCUUCCUUUGGAAUUGAUUACCUUUUAUUUGUUAAUGCUUUAGUCAUAAGGUCCUAAUGAUCGUUUAAAAUCAGUCAUUUUGCACUUGUAGGCAUGUGCUUUCUUAUUACCAUGCUGCAUCGUUAUCUUAUUGCACAGCUGUGGCCAGUAGGCAGUAGUGCCAAAGAAAGAAAGGGGUUGUCGUAUUGGUCCCAGUUUUUUUAAUUAGUUUUACUUAACUGACGAUGUUCUUUUUUCAUUCAUUCUGCUCACAUUUGAUUCUGUUUCUAAACCUCACAUUUAAUAUGCCACUUGUAUUUUUUUAUUCCGCAUAGAUCGUAAAAACCUGUCUGUGGCAGAAAGCACGAGUACGACUCAUUAGGCAACCUGCUUGAAAGAGGUGGGCAUUUGUUGUAAAACAAAUUGUAGUGCUCAUUUUGCUCACUCGCAAAGCUUUUCUGGUGACUGUGAAAAUCCAUCUGAGGGCACGCGUUGCAGUUUUGGAAAUAAUGGCUCAGUUGGAAGGUGCAACUAAGACUGAGCAUAAAUAAGAUUGCAGGUUGAAUUUUACCUACAGCCACAACAGAAACAUUCCAGCGGGGUUAGACUGAACGAAAGCUUGUGUAACCAUGUUUCCAGUGCUUGUGAAAAAUAAAAAAAGAUGUUGAGAAUGAUCUGAAGCCCUCUACUACAGCUUGUCUCAUGGCCUUGCUCAAAACUUGAUGACCGAUCAUUCAAGCAAUGGAGGUGAUAGUGAAUUGGUACAGAUUUAUCAGUAGUCUUCAAACUAGGUUCAAUUUUGGAAUAUCUGUCUCAAAAGUUUGCUGUGAAAAGAUUUGCUUUCUACUUAAGUCAUGUCCUACAAUAUGAGAUGAAGAAAAAGGACAAUGUUAAUCAGGAUGACGGUUUUAUUUCGUGACGUAUUUUCACAAUUGCAGUGUUAGCAUAAAAGUUAGCUAAGCUUCGUUAAGGAAUAAUCUGGGGUUUAACGUCCCAAAACCAUGAUAUGAUUAUGGGGGAUGCCGUAGUUGAGGGCUCUAGAAAUUUUGGUCACCGUCGUUAAGGUGGUAAGUGUAGUAAUUUGUGAUGCAAAUUAAGUCCACAGCAUUGGGUUAUCUAUUUUGUUAGUAUACUGUAGUCUGACGAUGCAUGGACCUCGGGAAUUUCACUGAACAUGCAGUCCUGUAGCACAUUAUACACUUUGUCAAGCAAGCGCGAAAUCUGUCAAAAUAGUAUCUGUCAAAAAACAAAUACUAUGUUAUGUACUUUGGGCUGCACAUUACGAUUUCUGCAGGAAAACUAUAUCUUGCUAUCUUCCACAGACAAUUUUUUAAACGAUCUGUUUCAAAAUACGAAAUGUUUGGUCGUACGUUUUCGACGUAACAGCACAAGAAGAAAUAGUAUUACUGUUCGUUGCCUUUACCCAUGUUAAGGUUGUUGUCUUGCAUCUCAGUGUGUGCCAUCACAACCAUUUGUCUUCGGGUUGGCUGCUCUGGUAGAGGCAGGCAGUUCGUUUGCUAGUGAUAACGUUUCAAUGGGGCAUUUGAGGCGUACGCCAUGCAUUUGAUCUCGUUUCCCCCCCCCGGGCAGAGUUGGAACCGUUUGAAGGAACUUGCACUGUCUGGUAUUACCAAGUGGGCAUUGUUGAAUGUACGGACCAUUGUGAUCCCUUUAUUACAAUAAAUGCAUUGGAAGGAU